AUGAGUAAAGUAUUAAAUCAAGUUCUUGUUCCUGUAUGUAGCAAAUUACUAGAGAAUUUACAAUUAGUUAUCACAAAAUUAAAAACACGUGUAAGAAAUAUUGAACUUGAUGAUGUGAUUGAAUUAAUAAAUAAUCAAAUAUCCUGCAUAAAUGAAGGGUAUAAAGAAUUUGAUCGUCAUCAAGAAGAAUUAAAAAUGAUUUCUGACAAACAAAAUGAAACUAUGGCAACAGCUAUGGACAAUAUGCUUCAACUCAUAAAUGGAUAA